AUGGGACUUCUUGGAAGAAAAGGCGGCAAAGGCAAGGGCGAAGAGAUGAGCCAAGAAGAUGUCGAACUGCAGAAACAGAUUGACAGCAUGACGACGAUUUUCUUGUGUUCGAAGGAAAUGGUCGACCAAUUUUCCCAGGACAACUCAAAGAUUCGCAUUCGUGACCCGAACGACUUGCCAAUCAUUAAGCUGAAAAAUACAUUUCUUGCGACUGAAGUGGGGACAACGAUGGAAUGGGAAAAAGAAUUCCUUCGCCAGGCAUCCCUCGUUCUUGAUGAUAUGGCCACACGAGAGAAGCAAAGUGCUAUCAAUUGUUGGGAUCGAGCCUGGAAUCCGAUUCGAGUGUGGUUCGACGAUGAAUACAAACAUUUUAUGCUGGAUGUGAACCGUUGGCCCUCUGUGCGCAAAGAGUUCUACGAGGCUCGACAGAAAAACGCCGCUAAACCCUCGCCCACUAACGACAUUCUACUUGAGAAAGCCGCUGAGAAAUACAAGUCACAAAUUGAAAUCAUCACCGGAAAGCUAAGCUCGCAGAAAGAUGUCCAGAAACAUCACCAGCGAUGUAUAAAUGCGUACUUUCAAGAAAUGACUGAAUUUCAUCGUUGCUUUCACCGCAAUAACUUGAAGAUCCUUGAGCAGUUGCGUGAAGCUGUCAAUGCAAACAAGCCCGAGGAAGCGCAAGUCUUCGACGAAUUGCCAAAAAGUUAUGUGGAUGCGGUCAAUAAGCGUCUCAAAUCGGCAAAUAAGCGUCCAUCCACCGUCACUUCUUCGUCGACAAUGGUUGAAGCAAAAAAGGAUACGAGCGCCGUGAAAAAUGCCCAUUCGCAAGUGUCAACUCCGCCACCACAGUCAAGAUCAAAGCCAUCCGGACUCAACUCAACGCUCGAAUCGAAUCAAGCAAUGCCGAAAUCGAAAUCCUUCAUGCCGAUU